AUGAACAAAGAGGUACUGUCAGAAGUUUCCUUCUGUCCUGAAUACCAACCCGGUUUGAAAGAAGAAGACAAGUUGACGAGUAUUCGUGAAAUAUUCAAAUCAAAACUUUGCACAAGACAAACCAAACCCACUCCAGUCGAUCCCCUUAUUCCAUUUAAUGCCCAUCACAUUCCACAAUUAGUAAUGAAACAAUACAAUAUUGAUUACACAAUCUCGCUAAAGCCACACCCAUUACCGACAUUUUAUAAAGUAGAGGACAUUGUAUUAUUAAUGCAGUUCAUUUUUGUGGACCUCCUUAACCUGUUUGACUGGUUUAACAAAUUGGUGUCAAAAGAUUUCAAGUUAUUUUUUAUGCCAAGAUUUGAGUGCAAAGAUAGAAAGGAUAAUUUGAUACCAGCGUCAAUGUGCAACAUUAUGGAAUCACUAAUAUCAUUUUAUAAACCAUUAUCGCUUCCUUCUCCAUCCAGUAUUAGAGUAGACAGUAUUAAUUGGCACUCUCGUGAUUCAGAGGCUAUUCUUGUUCACUUGUGUCAUUUUGUUCCUGAUAGUCACAUCACAUCCUCUCCUGAUACAGUAACUAAUUUGGAGGCUGGUAUUAAUUACAAGUUUAAAGACAGGAGUUUUCUAGAAUUUUCUAUUAUUCAGUUAGCCCUGACCCACACUUCCUUCAUUACUCAAUACAAUGGUUCUCGGCCCCUACCUAAUGAAAUACUCAUAUCAUUAUCAAACUGUGGUACAAGGGCUCACGUUUCCGCAGCAACAGGUAAGGCCCCACCCUCAAAGAGACCGAAGAGCGGAAUAGAAGGAUUGACAGAAGCUGCUGAAACCAGUCGUGAGAAAUACAAGGAUGAUGAAGGAGAUGUUAUAUUACCAAGAGAUAAUGAGAGACUUGAGUUUCUUGGAGAUGCUGUAAUUGAGUUUUUGUGUAGUAUUCAGUUAUAUCUCAUGUUUCCCUCUUUCACUGAUUCUCAUCUUGUUAUCUUCAGAAAGGCUUUAAUAUGCAACCAGAACCUAGCCACUGUUGCCAAAAGAAUACACCUUGAGAAAUAUUUAUUAAUGGAUGUCAAUUUCAAAAAUGCUGAUAUAAAUCACAUAUAUGCUAAUACACUUGAAGCACUCAUUGGUGCUGUAUAUAAAGACUCUGAUAUUAACACAUCCAGUAUUGUACUAGCUACACUUCUCUUCCCUGAAGAAGAUCUAAGAGGGAUAUGGCUCUCUGAGUAUAAGGAUCAACUACAGGUGGACAGUACUGAUGGGGAUAGGCAUAUGGUUAAUGAGUAUCCCAUUUUAAAUUCUUUCAAUAAACUUGAGGAAUCCAUUGGAGUUAGAUUCACUAAUAUUAGAUUGCUAGCCAGAGCUUUCACCCACCCAUCAUAUGGAUGUACUGAUCUAUUGAUUGGUGAUUAUCAGAGGAUGGAGUUUUUAGGUGAUGCUAUAUUGCAGUUUUUGACUUCAGACUAUGUCUAUGAUACCUUCCCUCUUCAUCACGAAGGACAUUUAUCAACUUUCAGAACUGCUAUUGUACACAAUAAGCAAUUAGCUGAAGUUUCCGUUGAGUUGGGUUUCCCCCAGCAUUUAUUAUUAGGUAAAGAUCAGACUGUUACUAAUUUUAAAGUUCAUGCUGAUCUGAUUGAGUCAUUCAUAACUGCACUGUAUCUUGACAAAGGAAUGGAGCAUGUACUGAUGUUUUGUAAAGUCUGUCUUUUUCCUAAACUUGCUAGCUCAGCAAAAGGACUAAAGUUUUUAGAUUCAAAGACAAGAUUACAGCAUGCGGUAGUAUACACAUGCAAGAAAGAGAAGACUCCCAUCGAGUUCCCUAUAUACAGAGUAUUGAGCAAGGAGGGUUCCGUAAGCAAUCCAAUAUUCACAGUUGGUGUGUAUUUUAGAGGCAGAAGGAUAGCAACUGGAACAGGUGGAAGUUCACAGAAUGCUGGGAUGAAUGCUGCAGAGAAAGGACUUGAUUCACGUUAUAUUAUAGUACCAAACUGCUUAAAAACUACUAGUAAUUGAGUCCAAAUUAACCUUUAAUUGAGGGUAUGCACUUCUAGAA